AUGAUGUAUCGACAAAUACUUGUUAAUGACAGCCACCAAGACUACCAACGUAUUUUAUGGAGAUUCUCCCCUCGAGAACCUGUUCAAGAUUUUCGCCGAAAAACCGUAACCUACGGAUUAAAUUCAGCUCCUUUCCUUGCUCUGAGAUGUCUUUUACAAUUAGCCACCGAGGGUAGAGAUAGAUUUCCUAGGGCCGCAGCAAUUUUAGCGUCCCAAGUGUAUGUUGAUGAUAUAUGUGUAUCUUGUAAAUCUUUAGAGGAUGCUGUGGAUAUCAAACAACAACUUAUUGCUCUAUUGGAUGAGGGUUGUUUUUUCCUUAGAAAAUGGUCUAGCAAUUGUGUUGACUUCUUAUCUACUAUACCUUCAGAUAUUCUACAGAAACCUCUCGCACUUGACACUAAAUCCGAUCCUUACUUGAAGGUUUUGGGUCUCAGAUGGUCUCCAGAGAAGGAUAUCUUCUCAUACGACAUACAAUUUCUCAACUCGACAUGUACUAAGAGAUCUAUACUUUCUGAAAUCUCCAGAAUUUUUGAUCCAAUUGGAUUACUUUGUCCCAUAACUCUAUUAGUUAAGCAGCUAAUGCAAUCUUUAUGGGCGAGAGGUAUCGACUGGGACAGUGAAGUGCCCGCAGAUAUUGCCCAAAGGUGGACCGACUACAAAAAUGAAUUGCCAAGUCUGUCAGCAUUAGAAAUACCCCGUUAUUGUUUUAUUUCAAAGGUGAGUCAGAUUCAAGACAAUGUAGCACCUGAACGUUGGUUUCACAUCAAAUCAGAAGACAAUCCAGCUGACCUUGCGAGUCGCCCUGUCCUUCCGUCUGAUUUAGUUGACUGUCCCUUAUGGUGGGCGGGACCAGCUUGGUUGUCGCGUCCCUCCGAAGAGUGGCCCAAACACGAACUUGGUGAAUUGGACGAACCACUACCAGAAGAAAGAGCGACCAUUCUCACGAAAAUACUUCGCCUUAUUACUUAUUGGCGUCAUUUUCUUGGCAUUCGUUUUAAAGUGGUUUCAGUGGUUAAAAGGGGUCCUUUCACGGAGUACGAGUUAUUUCAGAGUCUUCUCCGCAUUGUGAAGCAAGUACAAGCAGAAGCCUUUUAUGAAGACAUUUCCAAUCUUUCGAACAAGAGUGUUUGUUCCAAGCCGUUAAGAAAGCUUGCUCCUUUCAUCGAUGAACAAGGACUUCUCAGGGUAGGCGGACGCCUUACGCACUCUCAACUUGAUUACGAUCAAAAGCAUCCCGUUUUGCUUCCCAACAAACAUAGGUUGACUGAUCUUAUAAUAGAGGAUUUUCAUAAAAGAUACCUUCACUGUGGACAGCAGGCCUUGCGCUAUUUUAUAUCUCAACGGUUUUGGAUUUUGGGUGCUAUAAAACGUAUUGUCCAUAAGUGUUUCCGCUGCUUUCGAACACAUCCUCAGGUAAUAGAACCAAAAAUGGGCGAUUUGCCUAGUUUCCGCAUUACCCAAGCCAAGCCCUUUCAAUGUACUUCUUUGGAUUUCGGUGGCCCUUUUCAGAUACUGAUGUCAAGACAUAGAGGUUGCCGUACUCAAAAGGCUUAUCUAUCUCUCUUUGUGUGUUGUUCUACAAAGUGCCUGCAUUUGGAACUGGUAUCAGACCUAUCCACUUCUGCCUUUCUUGCGUCAUUGCGUCGCUUCAUCAGUCGACGUGGUAGAUGCUCCAAACUGCACAGUGAUAACGGUACCAACUACGUUGGUGCAGCUCGAUACUUAGCAGAUUGCAUGGCUAACGCAGCCGCUGAGGAAUUAAUCGAGUGGCAAUUUUUCCCUCCUUCAGCGCCUCACUUUGGUGGGUUACACGAAGCUGGCAUUAAAAGCGUCAAAACCCACAUUACUAAAAUCAUAGGGGAACAAUUACUUACCUAUGAAGAAUUUUACACAGUUCUCACUCAAGUUGAGGCCGUACUCAACUCUAGACCACUUUGCGCUAUGAGUAGUGAUCCCAACGAUCUAUCCAGUUUAACACCAGGUCAUUUUCUCUCCUUAGCUCUAUCAGCUAUUCCCGAUCACGACCUCACUUGUGUUCCUAUGAAUAGACUUGAUAGGUGGCAGUUACUGACCAAAAUGCAUCAAUCAUUUUGGAAAAGAUGGCAUAUGGAAUAUCUUCAUUCUUUACAACAGAGAGCUAAAUGGGAUAAAGAUACCACUCUUAUCACGCCGGGUACUCUAGUUGUACUGAAGGAGGAUAAUUUACCUCCCCUCCAGUGGAGACUGGGACGGAUUGAUUCCAUUCACCCUGGUGCUGACGGUGUUCCACGAGUAGUCACUGUCAGAACCCAAACCGGUUUAAUCAAACGACCGGUUAUUAAGGUAUGUCCUCUGCCGGCCAAUUAAUCACAAUUGAUAAACUUUAAUAUUAGCAUAUUUUGUUUAUUUUCUUUUUUUUUUUUGUUGUUUUUUGAAAUACCGUUGUAUUUGGUGGGCGGUAUGUUCAGUUUUGGUUAUUUAUUUUGUAUAUUGACACUAAAUAUUAAUUCAUUACCUGGGUUUUCUAUAUAUUGAUUUCUUUAUGAUUCGGGGUUAAUCGAAUACAUUUAUCAAUUUUUAUUUAAUUUAAUUUUUUAUAUACUUUAUGGUAAAAAACGCGUGUCAUUUCACCGCGAUAAUAUGAGCCCUCGGGUUUUGUUUGGCCGAAUUACCGCGCAUAGUUUUCGCGUGUUUGCGAUUGGUAACCCCCACUACAUUGCUGCAAUGGACAUGGUGUGGAGAAAGAAAAUCCGAGAGGUCUCGGGGGUCUUACACUAGAGUGCACAUAAGGUAGGCCGUUUAUUUUAUAAUUCGAGGGUUUAUCCGUAGUUUUGUUUUGUUUGUGAUCAAAUUUUAAAUUAAGAAUUU